UGUAAGGCCGCUUACGCACGCAGAAAAUCAAAACUUCCGGUUUGCAAACACGUGUUGGAAAUUUUGACAGAAUGGCUGCAGAUGUACAACAAGCCCAUCGUCCUGGUGCUCUUAAGCAACAAAAUAAAACACACAAACACGGAAAACACAAGAGUAAAGGUCAACUCGACAAAGAAACGAAAGGGAGAGUCAAUGUGAAGACAUCUACAAAGAAAAAUAAAGCUCAGCAGAGAAAGCAGGACAGAAAACAUCACAUUGCACAAGUCAGAAAACAGAAGAGAGAUGAGAUUUUAAGCCAGAAAAGGAGCAGGGGAGGCAACCUAUCACCUCCUCACUUUGUGGUCAGUGAAUCUUAAAAUUAA